AAUGGCGGAAGAGGAACAGCGUUUGUUGGACGACCUUUGUUGUGCUGGAUUAGGCAGGGAUUUUAUUCAAACAUUGAGUGAUUGUGGAAUCGGUUUGAAAGAACUGUGUUCUUUAACAUUGGCGCAGCUGACGGGUGCUCUGCAACGAAUCUCGUUGGGGCCAGGACAACGGUGGGACUACAAAGUCAUAUACUCUUCGAUUUUGGAUUGGCAGAAAAGAAACGAAAACGCUAUUUAUGACUUGAUUAAUGUUCAAUACGAACUAACGGAGUCAUCGCAGAGAGGAAAUAUUGUUGAGUUGAUCGAUCAACCGGGGACUAAAGAUGAAGUGACGUUUGAUUAUGUCUACAGCGUUCAAACAGCGGAUACAAAAGUGGAGCUAGAAUCAGAAAGUUUUGAAUCCAAUAUAAGUGUUGCUCCUUCAAAUUCUCACUAUCCUGAUGAAGCAGGUCCAAGUAGGUCGAGUCAUGAAUCUCCUGAGAUCAGGCCAAAGAAUUCCGCAGACGGCUCGGAAGUGAAUAACACUGAAAGUAUUAGCUCCAAUAUAAGUAUUACUCCUUCCAAUACUUACUCUCCUGAUGAAGCAGGUCCAAGUGGGUCGAAUCACGCAUCUCAUGAGAUCAGGUCAAGGAAUUCCGCAGACGGCCCGGAAGUGAGUAACCCUCUGAAAGUCGUUGACCGUUCUGCAGCUUUCUUUUCGCCAGCUGUUCUCCGAGAUCUUUUGGAAUCUACUGAACUGGGCAGAGACAUUGUUCGAAGGACAAAAGGGGGCGAACUUUCUAAAGGGCGCCAAAGAGAGCUGGCCGGGAUUGUUGCGUCUUGGCAUUUGAAAAACAGAAAUCGAACUCUCAAGGAAUAUUUGAAAGAAUAUGCCCUAACUGUUGUAUCUGUUUUCCCGAAUGAAUCACAAUCAACAUAUUUCCUUGAAGCGGCAGGUGACAAAAAAUGUUCGACCGGUCUGAUUCCAAACAGAAUAAAUAAUGAAAGAGCGAAGCGACGAAAAAGAGAGCUACAUGAAACCCAACAUGCCAAACGUCUCAAGAACGGUAAUCAAUGGGAUGUAGAUGAACCAAAGGUACAACCAUCUUUAUCCCUUGAUUGGUUGAGAAGAAACCAAGCACCUUGGACAACGGUAAUAGACAAAUGGCAAGAAACAUUCAAUCACCGGAGAACCUGGCUUUGCAAACCGACUACAAUCAAUAAAUUGAAGGACAACAAUUUAUGGGCGCUUAUUGCUUCGAGAUAUGGUUAUCAACUGAUAUGUAGUGACUUUGACUUAAUUGUGAAUCCAACAACUAAAGGGUCCCAAAAACUACAGAAGAUUUUGGCCGAUUUAUACAAGUAUAUCCAACCGCGCAUAUCUGAGGAGAGUGCACUUGUGAUGCUCGAUGCAGCACUGAACGCAGAUGCUAGCACAGACACACAAUUAUGUACUUUACUUAUCCUCUUAAAUUGCGUUCUGUUGCCGGUAAAAGUUGCUAGAGGUUUUAAACCAACGAUUUUGUACGCUCAGGCGGAGACAGUUCUGUUCGCCGAAACAAGACAGCUUGCUGUCGAAAAAUAUAAAGAACUUUGUUCGCGAUUAAAAGAUCUUGGAUUGCCAGCUGCACCGAAAAUAGUCGCACGCGGUCGUGGUCCUACUCAGCUUCAAAAUACAUUUUAUGUAAUCUAUGAAGAACUGUGCUACGAACUUCCUACACUUCUCCAAGCUGUUGACGUCCUGAUGCAACUGAGCCAUGUCCUGGGAAUAAAACAUUCGAAGGUAUCGAAGCAGAUCUGGUUGUUCCUGGCUUUACAGUAUUUGCACACCGGAAAAAUACAAAUCUAUAGAGAAAUUAGCACGCUGCCAGCAGAAGGCGAGCUGGACGAAGCCCACCUCGAGGACUUUUGGAACAUCAUCAAAACAGCCAUUACCAGCUUUGCGGAGAACGUCAUCGGGUAUGCGGAACGAAUACGACGGAACGACAGGUUCGACGAGGAAUGUGAGCGGGUGAUGGUCGAAGAGAACGCCGCGCGGUCGGCAGAGAAAAAGCACCGCCUGGAAGAGGAGAAACUCGAGGAGCUGCAGCACCCGCAUCGUUCCCAGGAAACACGAAAGUUCUAUCAGGAGCUCAACGCAUCUAGCAAAGGCUGCGUACCGCAAACCGAAAUGAGCCGGGAUAAGGACGGAGACAUUCUGACGGAAAAUCGUGAGGUGAUCAAAAGGGAGCAGCAGCACUUCGAUAAACACCUAAACGGCGCACAUGCAGGAGACAAAGACGGUGGAGGAAAGUAG